AUGUCUCCCCACCGCUUUGCUCAAAGUGAAAGUGCAGUUUACAGUGGCAUUACAAGAAGUAUAUCAAUCUCCAUUGGCGCUUUUGGUUACAAAAAAUCUCAUCAGCCAGUGGAAACUCCACUAUCUUCAAUACUUUACAGUUCAAGAAAUUUCCCAUGUUUAUUGUUCAAGAAUAUCAACUAUUUAAAUCAUUGA